CUUGCACUUUUUCCACAGCUUUUCGGUGAACCCUUUGCUUGGACUCAAUGGUUGCUCAUACACAUGUCUAUCGAAAGGUAGUCCGAGAGAUAGCCAAAGCGAGCAUCACACCUCGGUCAGCGCGGAACAAAGACAUUGCUUCGAACUUUCGAGUCCUUUUCGCGCAGAGUGGACAGGCCGGAGAUGCGCAAUCUUUUCAACGCGAUAUGCAGAACGUCUUGACUUUCCUGCAAUCCCAGCGGGAAUAUAAGGCUUUAUUGGAGAGAUACAACCCAUUGAUUGACCUAACGGCGGAGGAACGGAUAGAAGCGACCGCACGACGAGUCGGGCUGAACAUGCCCAAGACACCUUCCAGGGACAUGUAGUAACACUCAUUUUAUCAAGAGCGGCAGAGACUCGAAAGUCGAUAUUGGGCGUAGUAUUUUAUAAUGCCUGAGACCGCGAGGUGGACACCAAGUCAUUUACAUACCCCUGGAAGAAGUUCCGAAGGCGAAUUAUCGCAGUGAGAUGGUAUUCAAGGGAUUUAGCUACAAGUCGUAAUAUUUACAGUAUCGAUUUGCUAUAUCACCCGGAUCGGGAUCCGGACUUCUGCAACCGACUCGGAC